AUGGCAACCGCCUUCGCCCACUCCCCGCCCACCCCGGCUCAGUCCUCGCCCUUCCUCUCCCCUGGCUCCCCGCCACAGCAGCUCCGACGCCCCAUCUCAAGACAGCGCUUCAUCCAGGACUUCUCCCAAUGUCUCUUCGAGUUCGUCAUCCAGCUCCUCCCCACCACCGAGGAGAUGGCCGUCAAGGAGGACGUCCGCAAGCUCCUCGAACGCCUCAUCCGCACAAUCGAGCCAGAUAGCAGGCUGCUCUCCUUCGGCUCCUCCGCCAAUGGCUUCAGCCUCAAGAACUCCGACAUGGAUCUCUGUUGCCUUAUUGAUGCUGGAGAACGACUAAAUGCGUCGGAUCUUGUCACCAUGGUCGGGGAUCUACUUGAGCGAGAAACCAAGUUCCAUGUCAAGCCACUCCCCCAUGCACGAAUACCCAUCGUCAAGCUCAAUCUUGACCCUUCUCCCGCCCUACCCUUCGGCAUCGCGUGCGACAUUGGAUUCGAGAACAGGCUGGCUCUGGAGAACACCAGAUUGCUCAUGUGCUACGCGUCUGUCGACCCCGCACGAGUCCGAACAAUGGUCCUCUUCCUCAAAGUUUGGAGCAAGCGAAGAAAAAUCAACUCGCCCUACAAAGGCACAUUGUCGUCAUACGGCUAUGUGCUCCUUGUCAUUUACUUCCUUGUACACGUCAAGAACCCACCUGUAUUGCCUAACCUACAGCAAAUGCCGCCAUUGCGGCCUAUCCCCGAUGAGGAGUCUCAUCUUAAUGGGUAUAAUAUUUGGUUCUUCGACGACGUCGAGCUUCUGAGGCAACGAUGGCAGUCUUCGAAUGCUGACACUGUCGCCGACUUGUUGAUUGACUUCUUCAAGUUCUAUUCUCGUGACUUCACAUACAACAUGGGAGUGGCCUCAAUUCGGGCUGGUUUGUUGAAGAAAGAUGACAAAGGUUGGCUUAGCGAGGACUACGGCACCGGUCGGGAGCGAAAUCGCUUGUGCAUCGAGGAUCCGUUCGAGACGGAUUUCAACGUUGCACGAUGUGUAACCAAAGAUGGCCUCUACACCAUCCGGGGAGAAUUCAUGCGAGCGUCAAGAAUCCUACAGACCCGGCCUGAGAGGGCGAUUCUCGCUCUUGCGCAACUGUGCGAAGAGCGCAAGGAGGAGACGCUUGGUCCACCUCCGCCUCCGCCUCAACCACGGUCAACACCGUCAUCGUCGACGUUCACGUCAACACGAUUGACCUCCAUCCCUCCACAGACGCCAUAUACGGUCGGUAGCAGUCCGAUGCGCCCAAACGGUGUCCCGGUACCCGCGCCCGAAGACAUCGCCUCCCUGCGCAAGUCAGACGCACUGUCGCCGACGUCACCGGCCUUAUCGUCUCCGAGUGACUCGCCGGGGCGUACAGCUGCCGUGGUGCCGAAGGAUUCCACGCUACGCCUACCCAUAGACAAACUUGACCACAUGGCGCCGAUACGGAGCAAAUGGACAAGCCCUCCGCCACCAGAUGCACCAGAGGAAGACCACUCGGCUUUCGAAGACCGCCUCGGCCAGGGCAUCGCCCUCGCCACAAUAUCCACUGCACCACGACUGAGAGAGCGGUCAUACGCCUCCUCUAACGCGAGCGAGACGCACACGGAUGAUGAACGCCAGUCGAUAGCAGAGUCGGACGACGUGCGGUCAGUCAAAUCUUACCUUGAGGAAGGUGCGGUACACUACAGCAGGGAGUUCCGUGAGCGCGAACGCCAGCUCGCAAACCUCCACGCGCAGCAAGCAGCUCUGCAACAACGGUUGCAGCAGCAGUACGGUAUCGAGCCUUCAAGCCCUGGUAUGAGCGCUGCUCCUGCCAACUCCAGGCUAGAGGGCGGAGUGGACGUCAAGAUGAUCUCGCGUCUGCGCGGACGACCAGCAGCACGGUCGGGCCAGCCAUCCAACGGUCCCGUCCCACCGACGAACGGACGGUCGACACCCAGCGAUCGGAGCGACGACUUUACCCCGCCACCACGGAUAGAUGCGCAUACUCCGCGCCGGUCCAUGUCCUUCCCCGUCCGCAACCUCAACCGCUUCUCGCUCCCCGCACAAGGGUUCCCGAACCCGCUUGCUCCCGCAUAUCACGCACACAUGUCCCCCACACUCAGUAACGUCCCGCCCCGUUACGUCCUGUCUAACUCCGCCGAGGCGCAAGCACAGGCGCAAGCGCAAGCAGCGAUCCAGGCGCAGACCCAGUCGAACGUCUACUAUGAGGCGAUGCCCCCACGCGAGCGAAUGCUCCGCGCGAUGGCUGCCUACAGCCCGCAAGUCCACUUCACGUCGCCUCAACCAACGUACGACCCGCUUUCACAUAUGUACGCCACUGGGUCGAGCAUGAGCACAAGCCAAAGCCGGAGCGCGAGUCGAAGUCGGAGCAGGAGCAGGAGCAGGAGCCAGGAGAGGUCACCCAUCACGAUCCGCCGGGUAAGCGCGUCGGGCGCAGCUGAGGAGGUCAUCGCGGGCCCGUCACGGCUGCCCGCCGACGCCCCCGUGUCUCCGCAUCCUGAUGCCGCUGCGCGCAUGUACUCGCACCAACACUCGCACUCGAGCACGACGAUCACCGCGCCGACGCCCCCCGCGCACGUGCACCACUUUUCUGUUGCGCUCCCGCCCAUCGCCGCAAUCCCGCCCACGUCCGGCGCGACGCUUGGCCCGCGCCACUCGCAUGAGCACUCGCGUUCGCGCUCCCCACCUUUUCUGCCCGGCCAGCGCCAUCCACCACAUCCGUACGCCUUCCCACAGGCGUACGGCGGCCAGAGCCCGCGCAUGGGUGCCGCGAACCUGCCCCCACGCCUACGCGCCGACCGUGAGCGCAGCUUCGGUGCCGUCAACGGCGUCCCCGCGAGCCCUUCGCCCAGAGCGCGCGCCGCUCCGCUGCCCCCAACCACCGCCGCCGCGCACGCCCACACGCACAUUCCGCUCCCCGCAUCCUCGCCAGCCUCGCUCCGGCCGGCGUCGCAGCACUCACACUCGUCCUCGGGCUCGGCCUCGCCGCCGACGUCGUGCGCAAGCCUCAGCCUCUCGCUUGGCUCGCAGUCGCAGUACGCGGGCUCGUCGUCCCCACUCUCGACCUCGCCACCGUCGCCCGCGCAGAGUGAGGCGGCCAAGGCCGGCGGCGGCGCCGAGCGCGCGAUGCCGCUCCUCGACGGGCUCGCGCCCGCGUUUGGGCUCCAGCGGCUCGAGGAGGAGGUGCAGACACCAGACAAGGACGCGGCGACGCCGGUGCCGGUGUCGAGUGCGUCGUCGCCCUCAGCGGCGGUUGCCGUUUUGCCCGCCAAAGGCGGGGAGGUCUUGGAUUCUGCACAAGUUGUGCCCGAGCUGCCUAGCCUGGAGGUCCCGGCACCGACACCAGCACCAGCAUCCUCGCAACUCGCGGCAACACCUGAAGUGGUCGUAUGUAGUGCCAAGCCUGCUGCUGGAGCCACGCAAGGAGCUUCAUAG